AUGGAAGAAGUCCUACGGUAUGAAAGUCAUCAUAGACGUCCUCUCUCUUUCGCUCUCUCUCUCUCUCUCUCUAUCUCUGAUAUAUUUUACAAACUCGAGUUGCACGUGACCCAAACGUUGUUCUGUUUAUAUUUGGUGCCGUUUCAUUUACCCAAUUGUGCGUCCGCGUCCGGAUUGGUUCGACUUGGCGGAGAGACACCUGGCGAAAACCCACGUGGCUUCCUUGAGAUCAAAUUUACAGCGUGGGCAAGGGAGUUCACGGUGGAGUCGACUCAGAGACCGGCUUCUAGUUACCUGCCUUGUCGCUGUCGACGAAGAAUUCGUUCCGGAACGGGGGACCUUCGUGGUCUGGUUCCCGGAAGGCCGAUCCAGCGCCGUGGGGCGCUAGCGCUGCGUACCUUUCCAACUUUGAUGUGUAAAAGUUCCUUCAUUUUAUCAGCGGUUACCGAUACUGUUCGCGUGCGACUUUAUUCAUAUCUAAAUGCCGGUCUUACUAACUUCUUUUUCUGUCCUAACACGGAUGACAUGUCCAGGAUCAAGCAGCGAGAUGCAACCCCUUCCGGCUAUGACCUUAAUCAUUCUGUGGUAUCCCUACACAAUACCAAUCCCCAAACGUCGUUUGACGAAUAUUUUCGCUAUCGCUUUAUUCCCGACUCACUUUCACCCGAUUUGAACCAUGCAAACACCAAAGCUGAGUCGAUUUUAACUUCGAUUUCUCGCACUCCCCAAUUCAGAGCCAAAUUAAGCUCCUUCAUUGCUCAGUUACUCGUUACUGAUAUGCAUAGCCUUGCUCUUCUUUCUCAGCCAAGCUGCAUCUUUCGUCUUGACACCCCCUCCCCAGAAAGACACCCUCCAGCCAUGCUACUUGCAUCAUACCACAUGACGCCCUUUCCCACUUUUGGUACGUACCGCCUUCCUCUCACGGCAUGA